AUGCAAAUCCAGCAGUGGCAAGAGCCCCCAGCACACGGGAUCCAGCUCCAGGUGGUCGAUGUUUGUCCAGUGGGGUCGGGGAGCAGCACGGGGGGUGAUGGACGGGACCUGUCUGUGCCCGGUGUGGAAAAAUUCCCCGGGCUGUGCUCUGAGCUGCCGCGGAGCGAGCCCGGCUGGAGAACUGCUCUGGAGCUGCAGCGGGGACACAGUGAGGGGAACGGGCCGGAGGAGGAGCAGGAGAGAGGAGGCUGGGACCGCCCUCGCUUCCCGGCGGGACACGGGAGCGCUCCCGGGAGUCGCCCGGGCAACGGCGGCUCCUCCCGCAAACACUGCGGUGCGGGCGGGAUGGAUGCGGCGGAGCCCGGCGGGGAGCGCGGGGCCGUGGGGCCGGAGCCCUUGGAACCCUCGGAGGACCCCGGUGCGGGGGGCCCGGAGCCCUCGGAGCCCCUGGAGCCCCCGGAUCCCCUGGAGCCCGUGUGCGAGCGGCUGUGGCGGGGCGCGGCGCGGGCUCUGUCGGUGCGGGCCGAGCGCGGCGCGGGGGCGGCGCGGGCGCUGCGCGGCAAGGCCGUGUUCUUCCUCCGCCCGCCCGGCGCCGGCCCCGCGGAGCUGCUGUGCGGGGACCUGCCCGCCGACCCCCUGGCGCACUUCGCCGCCCUCCUGGAGGAGGUGAUUGUGCCCAUCCUGACCAACCGGAAGAACCACCAGGGCUGGCCACGAGUGGUGUCCCAGGACAUCAUCCGUCAUGUCCACAACCUAAAAAAAACUGUUUUCAUGGUUGUUGGCCAAGUAAAGGGCAGGACCUUGCUGCCUCUUCCAGCUGGCUCAGAGGGAAUCGAGGACAUUGAUCCAGAAAACGAGAGAUUCCUGGAGCUGAUUGAUAAAUCCCUCGUCCAUGCCACCGAGUCAGCCAUCAUUGACUGGAGCCACCAGAUCCAGAGAGCCCUGAAGAAAGAGUCCUCAGAGCCUCUCCUGCAAGGCAGCAACCCGAACCCAAAGGUGGAACUGGAAUUCUGGAAGAACAGGUGUGAUGAGCUGGAAUGCAUUUAUGACCAACUGAGAUCAAGGAAGGUCAGGAACAUGAUAGAGGUGCUGGAGAGAGUGAAGAGCAUCUAUGUCCCAGCCUUCAAAACCAUGCUCAGGGAUGUUGAGGCAGCUCUGGCCGAAGCUCAGGACAUCCACCUGCACCUGACACCCCUCCAGGACCCCCUGGAGGACAUAGAGGCUGUUGAGUUCAGCAAAGUGAAGCCUUUCCUGGUCACUCUGCUCCACAUGGUGUGUUGGAUCUGGGUCACUUCCAAGCACUACAACGUGGCUGUGAGGAUCAUAGUUCUGCUCCAGGAAAUCUGCAACCUGCUCAUCCAGCAGGCCGUGGUGUACCUGUCUCCAGAAGACCUUCUGAAAGGAGAGAUGGAAGAGAGCCUGGGCAAGGUGCAAACAGUGCUUGACAUCCUGAAUGGCUUCAAAGGGGUGUUUGAGGAGAGACGGGAAAAUCUGCACAUGUAUUAUGAGCCAGGCCAGGAAGUGAGGAAGUGGGACUUCCACUCCUGGAUGGUGUUUGCAAGGCUGGACAGCUUCCUGGAGAGGCUGGAGAUGGUGAAGGGUCUCCUGACCACGGCCUUGGACCUGACAGAGCUGGAGAAGAUGGAGUUCAGCGGGGUUAGAGGGAGGGCCCUGGGCCAGCAGGUGCUGGACAUGUAUGAGGAGUUCCAGGAGGCCUACAGGGUGUUUGCAGAGCGAAGCUACGACUGCCUCGACCUGGCCAACACGGAGUUUGAGCAGGAUGCCUUGGGUUUCCAGCAGAAAGUAGAAGACAUCGACCAUCGGCUGGGCACUGUGUUCACCCAGGCCUUUGAUGACACCUCGGACUUGGAGCACAUCUUCAAGUUGCUGACCAUGUUCCAGAGCCUUUUGGAGCGUCCAGUGAUCGCUGCAGUUGCUGCUGACAAAUGGCCUCUGCUCAUCAGCAUGUUCAGCACUGCCCUGGACCAGACCAGGCUCAUCUACUCCAGGCACACCCAGGCAGGGCUCGAGCUCGGGUCUCCCCCCCUGCACAAGAACAUGCCCCCCGUGGCUGGAGCGCUGGGCUGGGCUCGGGAGCUGCGAGCGCGGAUCCAGAGGCCUUUUGAUCAGCUUAGGCACAUCCCACACCUGUGCUUGGACUCUGCCCAAGGAAGGAGGGUGGUACAGAAAUAUGAGGAAAUGAUCCAACUGCUCGACAGGUAUCAGGAAAAACUGUAUUUAGAGUGGUCCCAGACAGUCUCAGAAAAAUCCCAGUACAACCUGACUCAGCCGCUCAUCCGGCGAGACCCAGAGACCAAACUGAUCACUGUCAACUUUGAUCCCCAGCUGGUCUCGGUGCUCAGGGAGGUGAGUUACCUGUCGGGCAGCCGGGCAGGAGCCAUCCCACCCAUGGCAGCAGGAAUCUACUCCUCCAGGGAAUCCUACCGGCAGCUGGUGGCCAACCUGGAGCUGAUGGGGAACAGGUACAACAAGGUCCUGAGAACUGUGCUGGAGGUGGAAUAUCCCCUGGUGCAGGGGCAGCUGCAGGAUGUCGACGUGAAGCUGAAAGAGGCAGAAGAAACCCUGACCUGGGAGAUGGAGGGUGUGUGGGAUCACAUCUCCGGGGUCGUGGAAGGUGUGCAUGACCUCGAGCAGAGGCUGCAGAAAGCCAAGGACAACGUUGAGUUGAUCCAGAGCAUUGUGGGCUCGUGGGCAUCUCCCAUCCUGGAGAGGAAGGAUGGUAAAAGGGACUCAGUGCUGAGCCUGGAGGACUGUCAGAGUCACCUGGAAAAGCGCUACAGCCUUGUCAGAGAGGCCGGGCAGAGGAUCCACUCCCUGCUGAAGGAAAACCAGAGCCUCUUACUUGCAGACCCAGCAUCUGAUUCCUGGAAGGCCUAUGUGGAUUAUGUGGAUGAGAUAGUCCUGGAUGGAUUCUUCACUGCCAUCGAGUGCUCGCUCAAGUACCUCCUGGAGAACACAGAUCCCAAGGCAGGGCUUGCUCCCCUGUUUGAGGUGCAGCUGGAUUUGGUGAUCCCAGAUUUGGUAUUUUACCCAUCCCUGGACCCUGGCACACAUGAUGGCUUCUCUGACAUGGUGGAAAGUCUCCUGAACAGCAUCUACCACAUCUCCUCGCUGGUGCCCCGGCUGGCCACACACAGUGGCUUCCCCCACUACCAGGCAGACCUGGAGGACAUGUCUGGCCUGGCUGAGCUGCGCCAGGAGCUGCUGUGCCGUGUGCAGGCCGUGGUGUCCUCGUGCUGUGAGUUCCGGGCUUCCCUGGAGCGCUAUUCCCACGUGUACGGGGAGGACCGGCGGGAGCUGAGCCGGCAGUUCCUGCUCUACGGGCGCGUCCUCACGGCCGCAGAGCUCGAGGCCCAGGACACGGUCCCUGAGGCGCUGCCCACACUGCAGCAGUUUAGGGAGCACAUCGACUCCUACGAGAGGCUCUACGAGGAGGUGACUCACAUGGAGCCCCUCAGCACCUUCCAGGGCUGGGUGAGGGUCGAUGCUCGGCCUUUCAAGGCGGCCUUGCUGAAUGAAAUUAAAAGGUGGAGCCUGGUGUUCAAGCAGCAUCUCCUGGAGCACGUCACACACAGCUUGGCUGACCUUGAGGAGUUCAUCCAAACUGCUGAGAAAGGGCUGAGCAGGAAGGUUGAGAAGGGGGAUUACGAUGGCCUCGUGGAGGUCAUGGGGCACCUCCUGGCCGUGAAGGAGCGACACGGUGCCACCGAUGCCAUGUUUGAGCCCCUGAGGGAAACCAUUGACCUGCUGAGGGCCUACGAGCAGCAGGUGCCAGGGGAAGUCCACCAGCAACUGGAGGAGCUGCCAGAGAAGUGGAACCAUGUGAAGAAGCUGGCCCUGGCUGUGAGGCAGCACGUGGCUCCUCUCCAGGCCAACGAGAUGACGGCCCUGCGCCAGAGCUGCGCCGCCUUCGACGCCCAACAGCUCCACUUCAGGGAGAGGUUUGGGAGAGAAGCUCCCUUCAGGUUUGACACCGAAAAACCUUAUCAACUGCUGGAUGCAAAGCACAUGGAGAUUAAACAGAUGGAGUCAGCCAUGACCUCGAUUUCUGAAUCAGCUGGUCUGUUUGAAGUCAUGGUGCCAGAAUAUAAACAACUGAAGCAGUGCAGGAAGGAGCUGUGUCUUCUCAAAGAGCUCUGGGAUAUGAUCUCCCUGGUGAACACCAGCCUCAGUGACUGGCAGACCACCAAAUGGGUGGAUAUUAAUGUGGAAAACAUGGAUCUGGAGUGUAAAAAGUUUGCAAGAGAGAUUCGGAAUCUGGAUAAAGAAAUGAGGGCGUGGGAUGCUUUCACUGGGCUGGACAGCAAGGUGAAGAACAUGCUGACGGCCCUGAAGGCGGUGGCAGAACUUCAAAACCCUGCAAUCAGAGAAAGGCACUGGAACCAGCUGAUGCAGGUGACGGGUGUGAGGUUUGUGAUGGACUCGGACACCACGCUGGCUGACCUCCUCAAGCUCAACCUGCAUAAAUUUGAGGGUGAGGUCCAUGGAAUUGUGGACAAAGCAGUGCGAGAAAUGAGCAUGGAGAAAGUGCUGAAGGAGCUGAGAGUGACUUGGAGCACCAGGGAGUUCCAGUACGAGCCUCACUCCCGCACCAACGUCCCCUUGCUGAAGUCAGAUGAGGAGCUCAUUGAAACUUUGGAAGACAACCAGGUGCAGCUGCAGAAUUUGAUGUCAUCCAAAUAUAUUGCUUUCUUCCUGGAGGAGGUGUCUGCCUGGCAGAGGCAGCUCUCCACUGCCGACUCUGUCCUUUCCCUGUGGUUCGAGGUGCAGCGCACGUGGUGUCACCUGGAGGGCAUCUUCAUAGGCUCAGAGGAUAUCCGGGCACAGCUGCCCCAGGACUCCAAGUGCUUUGAAGGGAUUGAUGUGGAUUUUAAAGAACUGGCCUAUGAAGUUCAGAAAACUCCAAAUGUAGUUGAGGCCACCAAUAAACCAGGUCUGUCCCAACAGCUGGAGGACAUUCAGAGGAGGUUGUCUCUGUGUGAGAAGGCUUUGGCUGAAUAUCUGGACAUGAAGAGGUUGGCCUUUCCCAGAUUUUACUUCAUUUCUUCCACAGAUUUAUUGGAUAUUCUUUCCAACGGCACUAACCCACACCUGGUGCAACGUCAUCUUUCCAAACUUUUUGACAGCUUGGCCAAGGUGAAAUUCCAGGUGGACUCUGAGCAAAAGGCAACGAAGGUUGGCCUGGGAAUGUACAGCAGAGAGGAGGAAUAUGUCCCCUUCAGUGCACCCUGUGACUGCAGUGGGCAGGUCGAGGUGUGGCUCAAUCACCUGCUGGACACCAUGAGGGCCACGGUGAGGGACGAGAUGACGGCGGCUGUCACGGCCUACGAGGAGAAGCCGAGGGAGCAGUGGCUCUUUGACUACCCUGCCCAGGUGGCUCUUUCCUGCACCCAGAUCUGGUGGACAACCGAGGUGGGGAUUGCCUUUGCCAGGAUGAAGGAAGGCUACGAGAAGGCCAUGAAGGAGUACCACAAGAAGCAGGUGGCCCAGCUGAACAGCCUGGUGACCAUGCUGCUGGGGCAGCUCUCCAAGGGUGACAGGCAGAAGAUCAUGACCAUCUGCACCAUCGACGUGCACGCUCGGGAUGUGGUGGCAAAGAUGAUCGCGCAGAAGGUGGACAAUGCCCAGGCAUUCGUGUGGCUGUCGCAGCUCCGGCACCGCUGGUCAGACGAGGAGCGGCACUGCUUUGCCAACAUCUGUGAUGCCCAGUUCCUGUACUCCUAUGAGUACCUUGGCAACACCCCUCGACUCGUGAUCACCCCCCUGACUGACAGGUGUUACAUCACCCUGACCCAGGCCCUGCACCUGACCAUGAGCGGAGCCCCCGCGGGCCCUGCGGGCACCGGCAAGACGGAGACGACGAAGGAUUUGGGCCGAGCCCUGGGCAUGAUGGUGUAUGUGUUCAACUGCUCCGAGCAGAUGGACCACCAGUCUUGUGGGAAUAUUUACAAAGGCCUUGCCCAGACAGGAGCUUGGGGCUGUUUUGAUGAAUUUAACAGGAUCUCAGUUGAGGUCCUUUCGGUGGUUGCUGUCCAGGUGAAGAGUGUGCAGGAUGCCAUAAGGGAGAAGAAGAAAUCCUUCAAUUUUCUCGGAGAAGACAUUAACUUGGUCCCCUCAGUAGGCAUUUUCAUCACCAUGAACCCUGGUUAUGCAGGACGAACUGAACUACCUGAGAAUUUGAAAGCUCUGUUCAGGCCCUGUGCCAUGGUUGUGCCAGACUUUGAGCUGAUCUGUGAGAUUAUGUUGGUGGCCGAGGGGUUCAUCGAGGCCCGGGUGUUGGCCAGGAAGUUCAUCACUCUCUACCAGCUCUGCAAAGAGCUCCUGUCCAAGCAGGAUCACUAUGACUGGGGUCUCCGUGCCAUCAAGUCCGUGCUGGUGGUCGCCGGGUCCCUCAAACGCGCCGACCCCGAGCGCCCCGAGGAGCAGGUUCUGAUGCGCUCCCUGCGUGACUUCAACAUCCCCAAGAUCGUGACAGACGAUGUGCCCGUGUUCAUGGGGCUCAUUGGGGAUCUGUUCCCUGCCCUGGGUGUGCCUCGGAAGCGUGACCUGGAUUUCGAGGCGUUGGUGAGACAGGCUGUGCUGGAGCUGCGGCUGCAGCCUGAGGACAACUUUGUGCUGAAAGUGGUGCAGCUGGAGGAGCUGCUGACAGUCCGACACUCCGUGUUCGUGGUGGGAAACGCGGGCACGGGCAAGUCCCAGGUGAUGAGAUCCCUGCACAGGACCCACCAGAUAAUGAAGAGACGUCCUGUGUGGACAGACCUCAACCCCAAGGCAGUCACCAACGAUGAGCUUUUUGGCAUCAUUAACCCAGCAACAAGAGAGUGGAAAGAUGGACUGUUCUCAUCAAUCAUGCGAGAGCUGGCCAACCUCACACAUGAUGGUCCCAAGUGGAUGGUACUGGAUGGAGAUAUUGAUCCAAUGUGGAUUGAAUCUCUUAAUACUGUGAUGGAUGACAAUAAGGUGCUGACCCUGGCCAGCAAUGAGAGGAUCCCUCUGAACCCCACGAUGAGGUUGCUGUUUGAGAUCAGCCACCUGCGCUCGGCCACCCCGGCCACCGUGUCCAGGGCGGGGAUCCUGUACAUCAACCCAUCAGACCUGGGCUGGAAUCCCCCGGUGAGCAGCUGGAUCGACCGGCGAGAGAUCGAGUCUGAGAGAGCCAACCUGACCAUCCUGUUUGACAAGUACCUGCCCGUCUGCCUGGACACCCUCAGGACAAGAUUUAAGAAGAUUAUUCCCAUUCCUGAGCAGAGCAUGGUUCAGAUGCUGUGUUACCUCCUGGAAUGCCUCCUGACUGAGGAGAACACACCUUCUGACUGUCCCAAGGAGCUCUAUGAGCUUUACUUUGUCUUUGCUGCUGUCUGGGCCUUUGGUGGAUCCAUGUUUCAGGACCAGCUUGUGGACUACAGAGUGGAGUUUAGCAAGUGGUGGGUGGCAGAAUUCAAGACAAUCAAGUUUCCCUCUCAGGGCACAGUCUUUGACUUUUACAUUGAUCCAGAAACAAAGAAGUUUGAGCCUUGGUCUAAACUUAUUCCCCAGUUUGAAUUUGAUCCAGAGGUGCCAUUACAGGCUUGCCUGGUGCCCACCCCUGAGACGGUCCGUGUGCGGUACCUCCUGGACAGGCUCCUGCAGUGCCGGCGCCCCGUGAUGCUGGUGGGCAGCGCGGGCACAGGGAAGUCUGUGCUGGUGGGGGACAAACUCUCCUCUCUGGACACGGACACAUAUGUGGUGAAGAAGGUCCCAUUUAACUACUACACCACCUCUGCCAUGCUGCAAGGUGUGCUGGAGAAGCCUCUGGACAAGAAGGCUGGCAGGACCUACGGCCCCCCGGGCACCAAGAGGCUCGUGUACUUCAUCGACGACCUCAACAUGCCCCAGGUGGACACAUAUGGGACAGUGCAGCCCCACACCCUGCUCAGGCAGCACCUGGACUAUGGACACUGGUAUGACCGGACCAGGCUGUCCCUGAAGGAGAUCACCAAUGUGCAGUACGUGUCCUGCAUGAACCCCACUGCAGGGAACUUCACCAUCAACCCCCGGCUGCAGCGUCACUUCUGUGUCUUCGCUCUCUCCAACCCUGACCAGGAUGCCUUGACCAGGAUCUACAGCACCAUUUUGGUGCAGCACCUGACCAGUGGGAAUUUCUCAGAGGCUGUGCAAAAAUCAGCCCAGCAGCUGAUUGCCCUCGCCCUGGGGCUGCACAGGAGGGUGGCUGCCACCUUCCUGCCAACAGCUGUCAAGUUCCACUACGUUUUCAAUCUGAGAGACUUCUCCAACAUCUUCCAAGGACAACCUCUCUUGCUUUCCAACCUCCAGGCAGACCUGGCAAACCUGUACCUGAAGGCUGGAGUGAAGAACACGGGCACUGUGUUCCUGCUGACGGACGGGCAGGUGGCGGACGAGCAGUUCCUGGUGCUGGUCAACGACUUCUUGGCAUCAGGGGAAAUACCAGAUCUCUUCCCUGAUGAGGAAGUUGAGAACAUCAUCAGCAGCGUGAGGAAUGAAGUCAAAGGCCGGGGGUUGGUGGCCUCCAGGGAGACCUGCUGGAAGUUUUUUACAGAGCGGGCGCAGCGGCAGCUCAAGGUUGCUCUGUGUUUUUCCCCCGUCGGCUCCAAACUGCGGCUCCGCAGCAGGAGGUUCCCGGCCCUGGUCAGCUGCACCACCAUCGACUGGUUCCAGGAGUGGCCACGGGAGGCCCUGGAGUCUGUCAGCCUCUGCUUCCUGAGAGACAUGGGGGCUGUGGAGGAUUCAGUGAAAGAUUCAAUAAGCAAAUUCAUGGCCCAUGUCCACAUCAGUGUCAACGAGAUGUCCCGGCUGUACCUGAGCAACGAGCGCCGCUACAACUACACCACCCCAAAGUCCUUCCUGGAGCAAAUCAAACUCUACCAGAACCUGCUGCUGAAAAAGGACGAGGAUUUAAAGGCAAAAACGGAGCGGCUGGAGAACGGCCUGGAGAAGCUCAACAGCACCUCUGCACAGGUGGAUGAGCUGAAGGCCAAACUGGCAGCCCAGGAGGUGGAGCUGAAGCAGAAGAGUGAGGAUGCUGACAAGCUGAUCCAGGUGGUGGGGGUGGAGACGGAGAAGGUGAGCAGGAAAAAGGCCGUGGCCGACGAGGAGGAGAGGAAGGUGGCACUGAUCACCCAGGAGGUGGAGCAGAAGCAGAAGGACUGUGAGGAGGACCUGGCCAAGGCUGAGCCUGCCCUGGCAGCUGCCCAGGCUGCUCUCAACACCCUCAACAAGACCAACCUGACAGAGCUGAGAUCCUUUGGGUCACCCCCUUCCGCCGUCAGCAACGUCACUGCGGCCGUGAUGGUGCUGACGGCCCCGGGGGGGAAGAUCCCCAAGGACAGGAGCUGGAAAGCAGCCAGAGUGGCCAUGGCCAGGGUGGAUGGCUUCCUGGACUCCCUGAUCAAGUUCAACAAGGAGAACAUCCACGAGAACUGCCUCAAAGCCCUCCAGCCUUAUUUACAAGACCCCAAGUUCAACCCUGAGUUCGUGGCCACCAAGUCGGCGGCGGCGGCCGGGCUGUGCUCCUGGGUGGUGAACAUCGUGCGCUUCCACGGCGUGUUCUGCGAGGUGCAGCCCAAGAGGCAGGCCCUGAGCAGGGCCAACACCGAGCUGGCAGCAGCCCAGGACAAGCUGGAAACCAUCAAGGCCAAAAUUGCUCGCCUCGACCAGAACCUGGGCAGGCUCAGGGCCCAGUUUGAGGAGGCCACUUCAGACAAGCUCAAGUGUCAGCAGGAGGCUGCAGCGACAGCGAGAACCAUCGCCCUGGCCAACAGGCUGGUUGGGGGACUGGCUUCUGAGAACGUGAGAUGGGGUGAGGCUGUGAAGGCCUUCAAAGAGCAGCAGAGCACCUUGUGUGGGGAUGUCCUGCUGAUCACGGCCUUCGUGUCCUACCUGGGCUACUUCACCAGGAAAUACCGCCAGGACCUCCUGGAGGGCGUCUGGAAACCGUAUCUGCACCAGCUCAAAGUCCCCAUCCCCAGUGGACUUCACUGGCUGCUCCAUCCCACCAAUGCUGCUCCCUUCUCUUCUCAGACAGUCCUUGGCUGGAUCCAGACAGCAUUCCAGAAGGUGUUCCAGAGAGCCAUGGAGAGGGCGGCUCCUGCCGAGGGGCUGGCGGAGCGCGUGAGGAGCCUCAGCGACAGCAUCACCCUCUGUGUGUGCCAGUACACGGCCCGGGGGCUGUUCGAGGGGGACAGGCUGACCUACACUGCCCAGCUCACCUUCCAGGAACCAUGA